AUGUCUCCAGCCUUCAUCCUGCUGCUGCAGCUGCUGGCUUCUUCUGCCACUUUGGGAAAGUAUGUUUAUGUCAAAGAUGGUUUCGAGUGGCUGACUGCUCAGACACACUGUCUGAGGAUCUAUACAGAUCUGGCCCCAGUCAGCAACGAACACGACAUGACAGAGCUUCAGCAAAAAGGAGACCCUAAGAAAUACAUCUGGAUUGGCCUGAGAAGGAGCCCAAAUAACAGAGACGUCUGGCUCUGGCCAGGAGGCGAGAAGGUGUCCAGGUUUUUCUGGGAAAGGGGGGAGCUUCAGAACAGAUCAGACGAAGACUUCGGUUUGAUUCAUGGAGAUAAGUGGUACGAUUCACAUGAUGAGCCACACCCAUUUUUCUGCUACAGCGUGAUCGUGGUGAGAGAGACGAAGCAGUGGGAGGCAGCGCUGGAAUACUGCCGGGAGCAUCACGGAGAUCUGGCCAGCGUGGCGUCGGAAACAGAGAUGCUGCUGAUCAAGAAGGAAUUGCUCAAUUCUGGAAUCACAGGACCUGUCUGGAUCGGUUUGCGGUUCCUGAGUGGGACGUGGCUGUGGGUGGACGGGCAGCCGUACCUGCACAAGGCCUGGGAGGACGACAUGGAGCCGUCUUGUCCCCCAUACAACAAGCACUGCGGCGCUCUGCAGACACAUACCGACGUGUACAAGGCUCAUAACUGUGAGGACCAACUUCCCUUCAUCUGCUACUGACACAGUUUGGCUUUUGAAAUAUAUCUUAGGCAGUAAAAUCAGAAUCAGGUACUUUUUAAAAUAUAGAUUCCAAUUUCUAGACCUGUUAGUCAAAAUGAAGAUGUUUC